AUGCAUUUACAUAACUUUCUGAGGGCAACUGUAAGCCGGAGACUGAACGACAUCAGUAAAGGAAUUGACAUUGUCGUGCACAUGCUCAGUAUGUACCCAGAACUCAACUCGUCGAUCAAGAUGGAAGUGGGAAUCGAAGACUGCCUACACAUCGAGUUUGAGUACAACAAGUCCAAGUACCACCUAAAAUAUGUAAUUGUGGGGAAGAUUUACUUCCUGUUGGUACGGAUCAAGAUCAGACACAUGGAGAUUGACAUCAUCAAGCGAGAGACGACUAGCACGGGCCCAAACGUGUACCAUGAUAACGACAUCAUAGCCAAGUAUGAGAUUAUGGACGGAGCACCAGUGAGAGGGGAGUCCAUCCCUAUUCGACUAUUUCUGGCUGGCAAUGAGAUCACUCCUACGAUGAGGGACAUCAACAAGAAGUACUCUGUGUGGUACUACCUCAACCUGGUGCUCAUAGACGAGGAGGAGAGGCGUUACUUCAAACAGCAGGAGAUCCCUCUGUGGAAGAGGGGGGGCGUAGUGAGGAAGAGCAUGUCCCACCAAGCGGCCAUCGCCUCGUCCAGUGAAGAGAAAGCCCUUGGUCAUGCCCAGGCUAAGGAACAGUAG